AUGUCAUCAAAGACCUACUCUUCUCAAGCGGAUGGUAACGGUGAAGAUACUAAACAGCCAGACGGAAACGGUGAAAAUGGUACAAAAGGAAAGGAAAAUGGAAAUGGUGAACAACCAGCACAACCCGAGCAGCCAGAACAACCAGCCUCGCCCCAAUUACCGAUGCAACCUUCACAAAUGUUUCCGAUGGUAAUGCCAAUGCCAAAUCAAAUGUGUCCAAUGUCGUAUUUCCAAAAAUUUGGUGGUUGUACUGGCUGGCAUUCAAUGUGCCAACAUUGUGGUUUCCCAAUGAUGCCAAUGGUUCCAAUGCCUUUGCCACAACCGUCACCAACGACAGAACCAACUCAGGAGCCAACACCUGAACCAACUCCAUCACCGACAACAGAACCGACUCAAGAACCAACGACUGAACCAACUCCAUCACCGACAACAGAACCGACUCAAGAGCCAACGACUGAACCAACUCCAUCACCGACAACAGAACCGACUCAAGAGCCAACAACAGAACCAACUCAGGCGCCAACAACAGAACCAACUCAGGCGCCAACAACAGAACCAACUCAGGCGCCAACAACAGAACCAACUCAGGCGCCAACAACAGAGCCAACUCAGGAGCCAACAACAGAGCCAACAAAUGAAUCAACUCCAGGACCUAUUACUAGCUCAUGCCCACCAGAGCCAAAACCAGAACCAACUCCUUGCCCAUCUAUAAAGCAAACUGAAUGUCCAGAAGAUAAAAUUAAUGUUCAUGUUCCGAUAAAUAUUCUAAUGUCAGUAGAUGGAGAAAAUUUGGAGGAAGUUGAAGAAUUGGAAAAGGAUAAAGAAGAUAAAUGUGACGAAUCAAUAAAAGAAAAACCUGUAGAAGAAAAACCUAUCGAAGAAAAACCUGCCGAAGAGAAACCUGUCGAAGAAAAACCUGUCGAAGAAAAACCUGUCGAAGAGAAUCCUGUUGAAGAAAAACCUGUCGAAGAAGAACCUGUUGAGGAGAAACCAAAUUGA